AUCAGACGUGCGCCGCAUGUAAAAGAAGUUAUAUGUGCUCAGAUAAGCCAUAAAUCUAUAAUCAUCAUGUGGAAAAUCAUAUUAUGCACGGUCAUGGGCCUGGUGACCGCCGAACAGACUACUUUUGACGGUUACAAAGUCGUCAAAAUUAAUGUGACUACAAACGGGCAGGUUGAAUUACUCAAUCAGAUGGUAAAGGAUCCUGAUCAUUUUUCCUUCUGGAGAGAACCAUCUGCAAAUAAACAACAGGCGGAACUUAUGAUAGCCCCGCAGAAACUGUCCGAAUUCUACGAAUUGAUAGCACAGAUCCAAGCACCCUAUAAAGUUUCUAUUGAGAAUGUUCAGACAUUAAUCAAUCAAAUAGCAACCGCAAAAGCAUCAGAAACAUUUGAUUUCACAGAGUAUCAUACUCUCGAUACAAUUUACGAGUAUCUAGACGACUUGGAAAAGAAAUAUCCCGACAUAGUACAAACUGUCGUGGCCGGUAAAUCAUAUGAGGGUCGUGAAAUUAAAGGUGUCAAGAUUUCCUUUAAACAGAAUAAUCCUGGAGUAUUUUUCGAGAGUGGCAUGCACGCCAGGGAAUGGAUCGCGCCGGCGACUGUUUUGUAUAUCUUGGAUCAAUUGCUGACCAGUAACAAUACAGACGUCAGAGAUUUAGCUGAGAGUCACGAUUGGUAUAUCUUCCCAGUAUGCAAUCCCGAUGGAUACGUGUAUACGCACACCACGAACCGAAUGUGGAGGAAGACACGUAAGCCAUACGGUGACGACUGUUAUGGCACUGAUCCUAACAGAAACUGGGGUUACACAUGGAAAAGUGCAGAUAAUGACAGUGGCCCAUGCACUGAGACCUACCCUGGACCUGCGCCGUUCUCCGACAUUGAAAUAAAAAGUAUAUCCGAAUAUAUCAAAUCCAUUUGUGACAAAUUUUACAUAUACCUCUCAUUCCAUAGUUACUCGCAAUUAUUAAUGUUCCCUUAUAGUUACACAGUAGAACACGUUGACAACUACAACGACUUGAAUGACAUUGGCUUGAAAGCGAAGAUAGCUCUCGCUAAGAGAUAUGGAACUAACUACACUGUCGGUGAUAUUGCCGAGACAAUAUAUACAGCUUACGGAAGUUCUCUAGAUUGGGUCAAAUUUGCUUGUGGUACACCUAUCCUAUUUGCCUAUGAAUUACGUGAUCAAGGUGAAUAUGGCUUUUUGUUGCCCCCUGAGCAAAUUAUCCCGACUGGAGAAGAGACUUUGGAUUCUAUCUUAGCCAUGCUAAAAGAGGCAACUGUACUUGGAUAUUCAUAGAUGAGUAUGGAAAAAUAAUUAAAGUUGCCCAAAUUUCGUAUAAACAUUAUUAUCGAUAGCACAUUCUUAUAUUUG